AGUCCAGGCGUCUAGCCCGUCAUUUCCUUUAGCGAGAGCAGUGCAACGGACGUAGUUUUUCCUACGCUCCUCGGAUAUCUCAGCAUGAAGGACGUGAAGAGCGAGCGAGAGAGGGGGAACCGGCGAAAGCACCGGGACGAGGACAUAGUGGCGGCGACGGCGGCGGUGGUGGUGAAGCAGGAGCGCCUCAGCCCGGAGGCCGCUCCUCCCGUCCACCGCCGUCCGGACUCCUCCGGCGGUAGUGCGUCCCCACCGGCCGGCGAGCCGGGACGUCCUGGUCACCGCGGGAACCGAGCCCGAGCACGUAGUCGAUCCCCAGCCAAAAAGAAAAAGUCCUCAGGGAGAAGAAGCAAGUCUCCUCGAAGUAACAGAAGCCGAAGUCCUCACCACUCAACAGUCAAAGUGAAGCUGGAACGGGAGGAUCAUCCUCCCCGGAGAGGACGGGAGGAUCGGCAGCACCGGGAAGCAUCAGGACAGGAACACAGGCGAGCCAGGAACAGUGACCGAGACAGGCACAGGGGCCAUUCCCACCAGAGGCUAACGUCUAACGAGAGGCCUGGGAGUGGGCAGGCUCAGGGCCGGGACCGAAACCUUCAGAACCUACAGCCUCAGGAAGCAGAGCGGGAGUUUUAUAACGCCCGACGGCGGGAGCAUCGCCAGAAGAAUGAAGUUACUGCCAGCAGUAAUGAGUCUCAGGAGCUGGUUCCUCGAACUGGUGGCAACAACAAAGAUAAAGAGGUGCCCGCGAAGGAAAAGCCAAGCUUUGAACUUUCUGGGGCACUUCUUGAGGACACCAACACCUUCCGGGGUGUAGUCAUUAAAUAUAGCGAGCCCCCAGAAGCACGGAUCCCCAAAAAACGGUGGCGUCUCUACCCCUUUAAAAACGAUGAGGUGCUUCCAGUCAUGUACAUCCAUCGUCAGAGCGCCUACCUGCUGGGGCGCCACCGCCGCAUCGCCGACAUUCCAAUCGAUCACCCCUCGUGUUCAAAGCAGCACGCGGUCUUUCAGUAUCGGCUUGUAGAAUACACCCGUGCUGAUGGGACAGUUGGCCGCAGAGUGAGGCCCUACAUCAUUGACCUUGGUUCAGGCAAUGGAACAUUCUUGAACAACAAGCGCAUUGAGCCACAGAGAUACUACGAACUGAAGGAAAAAGAUGUACUUAAAUUUGGGUUCAGCAGCAGAGAGUAUGUUCUGCUUCAUGAGUCCUCUGACACCUCUGAAGUAGACAGGAAAGAAGAUGAGGAUGAAGAGGAAGAGGAGGAAGUAUCCGACAGCUAGCAAACUCGGAAGAGCCCAGACUCUGGAGAGACCGUUCUUUCCUCGAAGGCUUUGGGACUGACUCAGAGAGCACCGCGGUGGGCUCUGUAAUGCCUUUUACUGCCUUAAGUUUCCUCGGUGGCUGACCAGCUUACAUCAGUGUAAGAAAACCGACUUAUGUUUGGUUGAACUUUUUUCUGUGGCACAUCAGCCACAUGCCUGUGGACAUACGUUUUCAGAACAGUCUCACCAACACAUUGUGUUUCGUAGAAGCGCUGUGGCUUUAGGUGGUGCUUCCAGAACUGCUGCCUAGGAAAUAAUAAACCCUUGGUUAAAGGGGAAUUGUGGCUUGUUCUCUUUGUACAGUUACUUUAUUUAUCACUUUGUGGACUGGGUUUUGUUUUUGGUUCUGGGGCAAACCCCUUAACAGAAUCUUACUAAGCUUUGGUUAUCACCAGAACAGCCUCCAGUAUAUACCAAAGCUUUGAUCUGGUUGAGCUCUUGAGUCACAGUUUGAUUUUGCACUUCUUUUUUGGGAGGUGGGAAUUGACCACAUGACCUCAUUAUUGACUAUUGGAUUUAAACAGAUGCUUUAUGGAGGCUGAUUAAGCAUGUGACUGUACAGGAAGAUCAUGACUACUGCCAGUGGGUGCUGAUUUCAUGUCACAAAAGGCUGAAAUGUGUCGAGGAUGUGUUUUCUGUGAAAGAAUUCUGAUUUCUCCAUGGAGCAUGUACAUAACAAUUUUGAUCAUCUUACCUGUUCUUCAACUUUGCAUUUUUAAUCAAAUGUUAUCUCUUCCUCUUUUUUUUAAAAGAUUUUAUUGGGGAAGGGGAACAGGACUUUAUUGGAGAAUAGUGUGUACUUCCAGGACGUUUUUUUUUUUUUUCCAAGUCAAGUUGUUGUCCUUUC